CCCAUCAUGCCUCAGGUGUCGUUCGCCCCGCCCUCGCUGUGCCUCACCUUCCUCCCUCUGCUUCACCGCCUCCUCCCCUCCCUCCCCCCCACCGUCCGAGACGUGGACGUCCCCCCUCUGUUUCAGGAGCGGUUCAUCCUGUCUGGGUACCGUCCCGUGGGCCUGUCGUGGCGUUGUUACGCCCUCAGCCUCUUCCAGAUCCACAACGAGACUCUGAACGUGUGGAGCCACCUGCUGGCCGCCGUCUGCGUGGUGAUGAGGUUCAUGAUGUUCACCGUCCUGCAGGGAGGGGGGAUCCUGGGUUUUCGGCUGCAGGGUCCCGAAGGUCAGGGGUUUUCUGUGGACGUCUCCUCGCUGCCUCUGGUCCUCUACGUUUUGUCAGCUGUCACAUACCUGAGCUGCAGUGCUGCAGCUCACCUGUUGCAGUCCCACUCGGAGCAAGCGCAUUACUCUCUGUUCUUCCUGGACUACGUGGGCGUGGCCAUCUACCAGCACGGCUGCGCUCUGGCUCUGUGCCUGUACAGCUCUGACAGCGCCUGGACACAAAGCAUGCUGGGACAGAUCUUCCUGCCGGCCGCCGCCCUCCUCGCCUGGCUCUCCUGCACCGCCUGCUGUUAUGCGAAGCUUCGUUUCCGGCGGCCGUACCCGCUCCACAGGAAGCUCUGCCAGGUGGUGCCGAUGGGCGUGGCCUACCUGCUGGACAUCAGCCCCGUCGCCCACCGUCUCAUCACCGGCAGCUGGACAAGCAACUCUGCACUGCCACUGCACUGCCUGCAGGUGGUGCUGUUUCUGCUGUCGGCCUUCUUCUUCUCCUGCCCCGUUCCUGAGCGCUUCUCCCCCGGACGCUUUGACAUCAUCGGCCACGGCCACCAGGUCUUCCACAUCCUGCUGUCCUUCUGCACGCUGGUCCAGCAGGAGGCGCUGUUCCAGGACUUUCUGUGGCGGCGGCCGGCGCUGGUCAGGGACUUUGGGGAGGAGCGCCUCCUGCUGGCCUGCGCCUCCUUCCCCUGCCUGACGCUCUGCUGCACGAUGACGGCGCUCGCCAUGAGGAGGCGAGCUCAAGCGCAGCUAAUGAAAGAGCAGAGAUAG